UUUUGGCUGCCUUUGUCUACUUUUAACGUUUGUAUAAGAGGAAGUUUUUUUAGUCAAAAUAAUAUUACGCGCCGUUUGUAACAACCUGUUCCUAUCUGGACUUUUUGAAUACAAGAAAUUAUAAGAGCAUUCCGCGACUUCGGAGUUAUAUGGUCAGCGUGAGUUAAUUUCUUUUCUUUAAUGUCGUGCCUCAUGUAAGAAAAUCUUAGAAUAAUGGCCACCAAAAACGAUGGGCUUCUUCAACAAGCAGAUAGCGUAUGGAAAAUGCUGGAUGAUCUUGCUGAUACAGACCCAGACGGUUAUAGAAAAUUUAUAGAUAAUAUUAUGAAAGAGGAGAAAGAAUACUGGAAACCCCCAGAACCGGUAUUUUGUUUAAAGACUGUCAAGAUUGCAGAAUCCAGCAAUCCAGAUGUAUUCAUCAACAUUUGCAAAUGGGAGAUGGUAUCAAAACCGAAGGAUGGUGAAGCAAGAAUUUCAAUAAAGGCUAGCACUUUGAGAUAUGUCCCUGAGUCAAAGUACUCUGUAAUGGACGUGUGUCUACACAAUGAUGUUAUUGGCUCAUCCAACAAAGAUGUUCAACAAUGGAAAUAUAUUUCGUACUUGGUGUUAGAUUACAUUGAAGAUAAGAUGGAUGUAAAAUUAUCAAGGGAAUAUAAGAUUUUGAGCAUCAAAUACAAGGGUGAUAUUAAAGUACUGAAAAGAUUCUUGUUUGGCCAGAGCUUUUUUGAUACGUCUACACCGAAAGAAAUUGAUCAAUCAUCAAGUAAAAGCAGUAACAGCUCGAUCUUGGAUGAUCUUUCAAAUGUGAUGAAAAAUGUGAAAUGUACAGGACAAAAUGGUGCACCACCAACCAUUGAAGUCCCUCUACAGAAAAACAGCAGGAACUCUUUGAUUCAAGAAAUACCAACAAAAAAACACAAAAACAAAGAUGGAAUGAAGCCGAUUCCAAUUCAUUUCAUCAAAGUGUGUGCCGCAUCGAAUGAAAUCCCCAAAUGCAUUGUGGUACAAGUGGAACUACCGAAGGUUAAGUCAGGGACAGAAUGCGAUCUUGAAGUAUCUAAGAGUGAUCUCUUGUUGAUAUCACCUUACUACUCCAAAUUAUUUCUACCCUUGCCGCAUGAAGGAAAUCAGGAAGAAACAACAUCAUUCUUCAACAAAAAAACACACAAACUGACUGUUAAAAUACCUGUAAAUGAUAGUUAAUAACAGAUGAACUUAAGCUUUCACGUGUAUACAUACAUUUUCACUCCUCAUUGUUUCAAGAUAUAAUUCAUCUGAUUCAACAGGUAAUUACUCUAAUUGUAAAUAUAUCUUGUGCGUCUAAUGUAAAUUGUCAGUUUGACUGUUUGUCUUUUAAAUUUAUAUUGCAAUUGUUGUAUGAAAUUAAAUAUGACAUUAAACCUUAGAUAGCAAUCCCGAA